UACUUAGAAUUGAAAUGAUUAUUUAAGUAUUAAAUAAAGAAGAAAUUGAUUCGAAAAAACCAAAAGAGGGGACCGAGGCCAAAAAAAACCAGUGAACAGAUUGUGGAACAGCAACAACAAAUUAUUCCAGUUAAAUCGUAACAAAAAUCACGAUUAUCGAAAAUCUAUUUAUCAAGUCUUCAUUUUUUUUAAUCGCGGCCUAUGUUUAUCAAUCAACAAUGAUCAUCAUCGAAUAGUCUCGAGUCAGAUUUUUCUUUUUUGAAUCGAAAAAAAAGUCACAAAGUCAACAUUGUUAAUUGUAUGAUUGUAAGUGGAUUGUUAGUCAAAUGAUAAUGUCAUCUUGAUUAUUGCCCUCAUCAUCAUCAUCCUCCUCAUCAUCGAACAAACGAAAUUUUUUUUUGUUUGAACACUGUUUUUUUUUUUGCUUUGUUGUUGUGACAUGAACAAAUUAAUUGCUUGUCUCUAAGAAUUUUUUUCUGUGUUUGUUGUUUGUGUAUUGAACAAUUUCAAUUAAUUUUUUAUUUGUGUUUUUGACAUUGUCAUCAUUAAUUUUAAAGUCAUAAACAUCAUCUUCAUUUUGAUAAUAAUAAAAAUUUGUCAUAAAACAAAACGCAAAUGUCUAUACUUCGUGGAACAAAAAAACUAUUAUUGGCUGCUGGUCUAGCUGGUUGUGGUGCAGCUGCAGCCGUAUUAUUUACCGGUCUACAUAAAGAUACGGAAAGUUUUAAAGCACAUGCAUCAUCUGUCGCACUAUUACCUGAUUAUAAAUUUAUCAAUCUACAUAAUUAUAUAACAACAAAAUGGGAUUAUAAUUGGGAUAAACGUGAACCAAAUUCUAUUAUAACACCAAUGAAAGGUGAUUUUGGUUCAUUACCUGAAUGUGAUCAAGAUGAUUAUAAUCGUCGUUUAGAGAAGGCAAAAUCAACGGCAACCAGACAUGUAUUAUUGAUAAGACAUGGCCAAUAUCGUAUGGAUGCCGAUAAAGAUGAAUUACGGCAGCUAACAUCAUUAGGACGUGAUCAGGCUAAUCGUAUUGGUGAACGAUUAAAAGAAUUAGGCCUACCUUACACACGUAUUAUUAAAUCUACAAUGACACGUGCGACCGAAACGGCCGAUAUUAUACACACACAUCUGCCCGAUUUACCGAUUAGUGCAUGUGAUUUCAUUCGUGAAGGUUCACCGAUUGUACCGGAGCCACCAAGUUCCAGUUGGAAACCUGAACCAAAGUUUUUCCAGGAUGGUGCCCGUAUUGAAAGUGCAUUUCGAAAAUAUUUUCAUCGUGCUGAUCCAUCACAAAAACAAGAUAGCUAUGAUAUACUUGUUUGUCAUGGAAAUGUGAUCCGUUAUUUUGUUUGUCGUGCAUUACAAUUUCCACCCGAAGGAUGGUUAAGAUUUUCUCUUUAUAAUUGUAGUAUGACAUGGGUUGCUAUCAAACCAAGUGGACGUGUUACUGUCUAUACGGUUGGUGAUACUGGCCAUUUAUCUCGUGCUCAAAUGACAACUUGUUAGAACAGUUGCAGAAAAAAGUGCCGAUAAUGAUGUGAAAAAUUAGAAGAAUUUUAUCAUUCAUUUAUUGUAAUUUUUUAAUCAAUCAUCAAAUUCAAUUUUUCCUCUCUAAAUCUUUGAUAGUCUGGAACAUGUUGCCAUAUUGAAAAUCUCAUCAGAAAUAUACAGAAAAGAAAUAAAUUUCAAUCUUGGUCGUCAUCAUCAUAUUUAUUUGAAAUG